CUAAGGCACCGAGGCAAUAGAGUCACAAAAGUUUGUGUAUAAACAUGAAACGAGUCGUGGUUUACGGCGUUGAGGCUAGUGACGACAUCGCGAGAGCCAGUCCGAGUAGCGCGCGCCCCGCGACGGACGUGUCAUGUCCGUGCUCACAGCGUCCGCGAGUGCAGUAAACACGUAGUGCCGGCAAAUAAGCGCCCAUUAUACUAUAGCCAUUUAUAGUAUCCUAUGAGUGCCGCUUCGCUCAAUUAUGCUGAUGGUACAAACCAAUGCGCAACCCAUGAAGACCAACAAAGUUAGAGGACCGCCACCUGUGCCCCCGCGGCCCAACCAGAGUGUCGUGGCCGAGGCUCUAGCCAAGACGAGGAAGGCCGUCGCCGACUCGAAGGCCAACCUCUCCAAGUCCCGCACGUUGCCCAAACAAGAACAACAAUCAAACGCGACUAAAUCUAAAACUUUGGAUAGAAGUAAUAAACCGACUGUUUCGCCUAAACAGAAUGGACUGGCACGAGUCAAGUCCUUCAUCAAGGACGUCAUCAGUGACCGCAGCUCCUCCUCGGACGAGAGGAGAUCGAGCGGUCAGAACUCCAGGCGGAGUUCUAGCGAUAGCAGUUCUAUAAAUACCCCUUCAUCUACCAAAAGGUCCAACGAGAGUCUCAAUUCCAAAGCUGUCAAAACUUGUAAACAAAUCUUAGUGCGGUCUCUGUCCACGUCUAACAAAUUAGACCAAGAUGCAAAGUGCAAAGUGGCUAAGUCGUCAAGUUUUGCGGAAAAAACACUGCCUUUAAGAAAAGCUCCGCCACCGCCGCUAUCCCCUAAACCUAAGUUGAAACCAAUGAAACCUUUACCUGUGUAUACAAACUGUACAGAAAAUAGUAGUCUUAAGCAAACUCCCUCGCCGGAAGUGAGUCCGUAUUCUUAUCCUUUGGAUGCAAAACCUCCAGAAGUAAGUCCUUAUUCUUCUCCUGUAGACGCAAAGUCACAAAAUCUUGUGCUAGAAGCACCUUAUGCCACAGUAGAGGAAGUUCAGGAGUUCGAUGAUAGAUUACGAUAUAGUCCUUCAAAACAAGUCAAUAAUGUCCAAGAUUCACAAGUCGUUAGUGUUAUUCACAACGAUCAAGAGUCAAAAGUAGCAAAUGACACUUCAGUUAUAAACGAAAAUACAAAUAAUAACUCAUUGGAAAGGAAAACGUCUAGAGUGACAGAAAUGUUGAUUUCGGAAAUAAUAGCUAGCAGGAACAACAACAAAAACGAAUCUAAUGUUGUUAUCGAUAAAGGAAAAGAUGCAGAGAAUUUGAACGGCAACGAAACACCAGAAGUAGAGUUGAGAAGAGAUAUGAACAAUCACGAGAUGCUCAUAUACGAGCUGCAAACGAUGCGAUCGCAGUCCAACGUUCCAGAGACUGUGGUUGCCAAUAAUGAUGAAUAUAUUGAUAGAAAUGGUCAUUGUGAUUCUGAAGAGGAAGAACAAAACUACGCGAUAUCCUCAGUCACCAGUGGGAACACAGAUGACGGAUAUGAUCAAGCGUAUGCGUAUAUUUUGGAUGAUGAUUUAAAAUCUAGGCUACGUAAGCAGUACCGGGCGAUAAGCACGAUGUCGCUCCACGGACUGCCUCCUCUACCAAAAAGUCUGAGCGGGUUCGCGGAGCCGGCGCCGGCGCCCGAGCAGGAGACGCCCGCGCACGCCGGCGACGCGCCCACCGAUCUGGACGCGCAGAUGACUUACUUGAAGAAGGAAAUGGCCAGUCUCCGCCAGUUGGACCUGUCCCUCUUAUCCGAACUGUGGACCCUCAGCGAAGCCAUGGCCUCGUGGCGACGGCAGCUGGAGCGCGGGCCCCGCCUCAGGCCCGCCCCGCCCCCGCCGCCGCCGCCGCACUACCUCCGAACUUAAAUCUCAAUAAACACUGUCGCAUUCUCA